UGUGCUCCUGCCGCGGACGUGCGGCCCUCCGGAGCCGCGGGUCUGCUCAGGGUAGACUCGCUGUGGCGGGGGCCAGACGGCAGCAGGAACAGGGCGGGGCCGGGCCCAACAGAGAUGGGCAGGGCCGGAGCUGGGACGGAAUCGGCCCCGCCAAAUGGGCGCACCCAAGGCCGGACCUGCGGCUACGCAGCGCGGCUCUCCAGUCGUCGCCAUGAUCAUCCCGGUUCGCUGCUUCACCUGCGGGAAGAUCGUCGGCAACAAGUGGGAGGCUUAUUUGGGACUGCUGCAGGCCGAGUACACCGAGGGGGACGCCCUGGAUGCACUAGGUCUGAAACGCUAUUGCUGUCGCCGCAUGCUGCUGGCACACGUGGAUCUGAUCGAGAAGCUGCUCAACUAUGCACCCUUGGAGAAGUGACCACUGGAGAAGAUUCCUGUCUGCUGACCAUGGUGGACACAUAUCCUGCUGAGUUCAAGCUGAGGCCUCAAGGAGCCAGAAGCAAUACCCGGCCACAGCCAUAGGGGAAAUACUCCCCAUUCUAGAAAGAAUCUAAUAAAAUUCUUUGCAGAACUACCAAGA